AUGAAGUCCUAUUUUUUAUCGUGGAUGGGUCAAGAUUUAUUUGAAUUGGCAAGCAAAUUGUUCGGAACAGAAAAACUUCAAACCAAAACUUUUCAAGAAAUCAUUUGUAAGCUGGAACAAUAUUAUGCAUCGAAAGUUCAUGUGGUAGUAGCAAGAUUUAAGUUUCACAACAGAUUGAUGCAAGAAGGUGAGUCUUAUGCAAAAUGGUUACUUGAAUUGAAGGGAUUAUCUAGAAAUUGUUCAUUUACAUGCAAAAAUUGUCAAAUGGAAUACGUUGAUGAGAUGAUAAGAGAUGCACUUAUUUUAAAUACGUCACAUGAAAUAGUAAGAACUGCAGCUUUACAAAAACAAAACCCAUCUUUGGAGGAAGUCAUCAACAUAGCAGAGACCUAUGAAUCAACACAAUCAUCAUUGGAAACAAUAAGAAACAACAGCCUUCCGCAAGAAGUUCAACAAGUUAAAUUUAGAAAUCAUAAUCCAAAGUACCAGCAACAAAAUAAUCAAACUAGCAAAAGACCAAGCAAAAUAUCACCUGAAAAUCAAUUACCAUCAUGUUCUGGUUGUUUCAAAAAUCAUAAAAAACAAAAUUGUAAGUUUCGCAAUGCCAAAUGCCACAGAUGUGGAAAAACUGGUCACAUAGCCCCGGUAUGUAAAUCUAAAAAUGUUAAUAAUAUAGAGAAUUCUGAAAAGUUAGUCUCUGAUUCUGAGCAUUGUCACCAAAUGAACAAUCUUUUAAUUAGAAAGGAUAAGAAAUUAUUAGUUAAUGUUCAAGUCAAUGAGCAUAAACUUGAAUUCCAGUUUGAUACUGGUGCAUCAUGUUCAAUGAUUGAUUUAAAAUCAUAUAAUCUUUUCAAAAAAUUGCCUAUAUAUAAAACCGACAUUGUUUUGAGAGCUUAUGGUAAUCAAAAUAUCCCUGUUCUCGGUAUGUUAAAGGUAGAUGUCUCAUUGGGUUCUGAAACCAAACCUUUGAAAUUGUUAGUGGCCAAUACAAAUGAAGGCUCAAAUAUUUUCGGCAUUGAUUGGUACGAUGCGUUUAAAUGUGUUAAUGAUAUUUUCCAGUUGGAAAGUUGUUGCAAUAUGUUUAAAGCUCAUUUGUAUUUGAAGGAGAAUGCCAUUCCAAAGUUUUCAAAAGCAAUACCUAUUCCUUUUGCACUUCAAGAACAAUUUAAAGAAGAAGCUAAACGUUUAGAAGAAUUUGGAAUCCCCAAACCUGAUUCUAAAAUCAGAAUUUGCGCUGAUUUCAAACAAACAGUUAAUCCCCAGUUGGACAUGGAACAAUAUCCCAUUCCAAAACUAGAGGAUUUAUUACAUAAAUUAAGAGGUGGUUGUAAAUAUUCAAAAAUAAAUUUGUCUGAUACUUAUUUCCAAAUUGCCAUGGAUGAAGAAUCGAAGAAAAUAUUAGUUGUUAACACCCCUCUUGGCUUAUUUCAAUACCAAAAGUUGCCUUUUGACGUUUCUAGUGCACCGGAAAUUUUCCAACGUUUUCUCCAACAAUUAAUUUCUGAUAUUCCUAAUACCUUUAAUUAUCUGGACGAUAUAGUUGUAACGGGUAAAACUCAUGAGGAACAUGAGCAAAAUUUGGAAAAACUCCUAUUAAAAUUAGAGAAUGCUGGUUUAACAUGUAAUAUAGCAUGCAGGAAAUUGAAAAUCUUGCCACUGAUGCGUCAUUUUUUGGGUGCCGUUAUUUCCCAUGUUUAUCCCGAUGGUUCUGAAAGACCUAUAGCACAUGCUUCCAAAACGUUAAAUGCCCAUCAAAAGAAUUAUAGCCAAAUCGAAAUGGAGGCGCUAGCUAUAAUAUUUGGAGUAAAGAAAUUUCACGAAUAUCUUUAUGGUAGGAAAUUCACAUUAAUUGCUGACCACAAGCCUCUCGUGUCAAUUUUCAAUCCACAAAAAUCGAUACCUAUACAUUCCGCAAACCGAAUUCAACAAUGGGCACUAUUUUUGUCAAAUUAUAACUUUGAUAUUAAAUACAAAUCUACCAAUAAUCAUCAAAAUGCUGAUGCAUUAUCAAGGUUACCAUUGGAAAGUGAUACAGAAAUUGAUAUUGAACUAGAUAAAAUGGAUAUAUAUUUAGCGGAAGAAAUAUGUUAA